AUCUCACAAUUUUCCAUCAGAAUAUUUGAGCUAAAGUGUCCUCCUUUGCAUUUGCGAAAGCACCCUCACUCUUACACGGUACACUCAUCACCCAAGCAGAGAUCGACCCAUUGCGAAACUGCAAAAGAUGGCGACCAAACCGACAGAGAUCGGCAUCUCCAAGGUGUUUGGAGGCUACAACAAGAGGUUCAAGCACUUCAGCCCAACACUCGGUUGCUCCAUGACCUUUCACAUCUACUUCCCUCCUUCUCCUUCUCAUUCUUCUUCUCACAAAUUCCCUGUGCUAUACUGGCUCUCAGGCCUGACCUGCACAGAUGAGAAUUUUAUAACAAAGUCAGGAGCUCAACGUGCUGCUUCAGCCGAGGGUGUUGCUCUGAUUGCACCCGAUACAUCUCCAAGAGGCCUGAAUGUGGAAGGAGAGGCAGACAGCUGGGAUUUUGGUGUAGGUAUGCGAAAGCUGUUUUUUUUUUAUUAUUAUUAUUUUAUGACUAUUUUGGAUAUGAAUUGUUUUACAUCCUUAGAGAUUUAA